AUGCCGAAGUUAUUGGCCCCCGAUACACGGCACGAAUCCAAAAAGAAGUUCCUACACGAGAGCUCCCAAACAGGGACUGAAGAAAUCCACUUCAAAACACCAAGACGAUCGCCUUAUCGCAAGACACGGAACGGCACUAAUGCUGAGUCUCGCAUCAAGCGGGAUCUAGACAGCAAUCGACGAAUCGACGACGUUUCCAAUUAA